AUGGAUCAUGUGGCUUAUUUGGACCUAGCGCUUCCCGUUGGCUUAGCUGAGAAUGAUUACGAAACGAUUUCUCACUUCAGUGAUUACCGCAACAUCAACAUUAUUAAUGUCUACAACAAUAUUCAAGUGAGAGAGUUGCCGUGCACUCGACCACCAGAAGCUCCACAUGUUUGUACACUUCAACGUGGUUCUUGGUCAACGACGAGAAUGAAGCACAAAAGUUUUCUCAUCAGCUACACUGUGUUGUAUAUCCUUUUCUAUGCAAACACUUGGACACUUGUUCAUUUGGAUAGUAGCAAGAGCAGCCUCUGGAACAGCCUUUUCUCAAAAAUUCAUACUAUCUACGGAAUUCUACUUUUUCUCACCUACAUUGCUUUCACUUCGAUCGGUAUUGCGGGAAUUUUACUGAAAAAAGCGAAAUUCAUGUUCACCUUUAUCGUUUAUCUGGCUAUCAUCAUCUUUAUUUGUCUUCCACAUAUGGGCUAUGAUGUGUCGGAGAUUCUCCUAUUUUUGCUUUUCAAUACAAGUUUUGCCUUUGACACAUGUUAUGUAUUGUUCGUGAUCGAUGGCUCAAGUUAUUGGCCAUCUUUCCGCGGUGAGAUCACCUCAAUCGCCACCACAGGAAAUAUCCUUUAUUCAUCGAGUGCCGUUUAUACAAAUUCGAAUUUUUGGUUGUACGGAGAUGGAGAUCAAGAUCAACCGAUUCCGAAUUGGUUUUACUCGGAAAAACAAGAUUUUCUCGAUAAUGUUGCCGAAGUGGAAUCGGAUAAGGGACAGGAAACGAUCGUGGGCGCAACAGCCAAGCUUAACCGAUGGGAAAUCCACAAUGCUGUGAUCGUUCUCUACACAGCUAGCCCUCAAAAUCUGAUCCGGAUUGCCGGAUCCAAUUACACUGAACAAUAUCGUACACUGGCUAUUCAUGUGAAUGAUGGAGUUGAUAUGAGUCCAAUCUCGGGUUAUUCAAGUCCACAAAUGUCCGAUUUUGAGAAUAUCGUUGAGCUGAUUGCCGAUGUUUGUCGGCAAUUGCCAACAGAAGGGCCAACCACUUCCGAGCUGCCUACCACUGCUACAUCGUCAUCGUCUGCUACAUCGUCGCCGUCAACUAGUCCUUAUUUCCCAACCCAAACCACAAGUACUCAAAGCGAAACGCCAACAACGAUGACAGGGACUACUGGAGAAACGACAGACACCACAGGAACGACGGCGACUGUUGGAUCAACAUCAACUCCUUGGGAAGACAUCACUGCAACGACUGAAUCUUUUGAAACAACUGGAUCAACAAGUGCAUCAACAGAAAGUGCUGGAACAACACAAACUGCAUCAACCACAUCAUCAGAUUUUUUUGUC